AUGGAUAAUGCGGAAGAGGACAUCACCUUUGAGAAGCCUAAGGCAAGCGGGAAAGCUGGGAAGAAGUCCGAAGCCACCAGUCGGCCGGACUCGCCCGAGCUUGAAUAUGUCUCGACGUCGGAGGCUGGGUCCUUCUCGAGGCCCAGCACCCCACGCAAUAAUGAUGUUGAACUGGUGUCGUAUACGCCGGGACCGAGGACGAGAAGAAAUUCGGAAUCGUCCCGUGCCUCAACCAGUAAAAAGAGAAAGAUUAGAUCCUCCCCGGAAGAAGAGGAGGAUGAUGAUAGGCGCCGCACAGGCAAAUUUACUGAUGAUCAGAGGAGAGAGGUGGAGGACCUUGUUAGCCAUAUAGAGGAGCUUUCUUCCACGGACAUGGCGGCUCUCGUCAAUGAAUGGCUGGGAGAGGUGGAAGAACUCAGACGGAAAUCCCAGAAUAUCAAGGGAUCCUUCACACGGAAGAUGAAGGUGAAGGUGGAGGCAUCGACCGAAGCGACGAGGAUCCUAGCCAUGAGAGCCUCCAUGGACGGAGAUGUGGGGUUCCUGCGGACAAAGGUACUUGAGAUGCAGAGCGAAAUAAAAACGCUUAAAGAGGAUAAUCAACAACUUAGACAGCAAUUGGAAGAUCUGCGCAGUGGAGCUCCCCUGUUUGCAAAUAAUAUGGAGGUGGAUGUCCCUGGGAUGAUCAAGUCACCCGACCCGCCGACGGAGUUUUAUAGUCCGAUAGCUGAAAUGUCUCAGACAAUGGAGGAAAGACCUGGGAGGGACGUUCGGAGAACCCCGAUGAGGCCGAGAGGAUCUCCUGUCGCCUCUGGCUCUAAGGGUCCCCUUAUUGGAGAGGACUUUACAACGAAGCUUACUGCGGCUAUUGGUCAAGCUGUAGCUGCCGCUAUGAGGGAAUACCUACCUGGGAAGGAGAAGAAGGGACCCCAAUUGGAAGCUGGCUUGCGCCGAAUCCCUGAAAGAACCAGAUUGCUGGACAGACUCCCAUCGUCCUCGGCUGCGCCCGAGUCACAGACAGAUGAGGAUAAAGUAGCGUACCAACCGGCUGCAAGAAACAGGUCGAGGAAGAAAAAAUCCCGGGUGACGAAGGAUGCGGCACCCCGCAUUCUGGAGAACAAAUUUAGGGAACGGUUAGAAGAGGGAAAUGCCGCCGAGGGAGAUCCGCCUCCGACGGCCCCGGUCCGGGAGGUGAACAAGCCGGAUGCUGUCGCAGUACGGAGGGGGAACAUAGAGACUGUCCGGAGAAGAGUCCCUAGAUCCGCGGCGGUGACUCUAUCCUUCCCUGAAGGAAUGAGAUUUGCGGAGGUUGUAAAGAGGGCUCGAGAGAAUGUUAAGUUGGAGGACCUUGGGAUACAACAUACAAGGUUGAGAACAACGAUGUCCGGAGCGGUACUAGUGGAGAUCCCCGGCAAGGAUAUGUCCCCCAAGGCUGAUACGUUGGCAGCAAGACUGAGGGAAACCUUUAGGGAUUCGGGGGUACGGGUAGCCAGGCCAACAUUAAGAGGAGAGAUUCGCCUGGCAGGACUGGAUGCUUCGAUUGCCCCGAACGAGAUUAAACAAGCAAUGGCUGAAAAAGGCGGCUGUAGUAUAGAGGAUAUCCGACUUGGACAAACCCGAGUCACUAGAAAUGGUUUCCGCACGGUGUGGGCGCAAUGCCCACUCAAUGCCGCGAUUGGUUUGGCACAGGAAGGAAGUCUGAGAGUGGGCUGGUCCACCUCGACAGUCGAUCUGCUUAAAAAACGCCCGGUCCAGUGCUUUAAGUGCUUUGCCACCGGACACGUAAGAGAAAGAUGCCCGAGCACGGUUGAUCGAUCUCUGAACUGCUUCAACUGCGGGGCAGAGGGGCACAAUGCCAGGAAUUGUGGCAGGCCACCGGACUGUCCAAUUUGCAGGGAACAGGGACGGAAACACGACCAUAGGGCCGGCUCAGAUGCGUGCCCCCCGUGUCCGCCGAGAGGAGGCUUAAGUCAAAGCCCACCAUCACCGCUACCACAGAGAAUACCGGCAAAUCGGAGUAUGGAGGCCGGGCCUAGUUAUCUAAAAUAG